GAAGCUCACGUUGUUGCUUCACACUUCUUAUCUAUAAAUAUGCUUCUCUUAUCUCAGUUUGCGGUGGGGAAAAACUGUGUCGCCUUUGUUAUACGGAGGCAUUAUAUCAACAAUUGGUCCAGGAAGCAGGUGUAAUGAGGGAACUUGCGUUGGGAUUGUGUUGCUCGUUAAAACAGAAGAAUCUUUUUGCUAUGAAGGAUGGCUGAAGCAACGUUGUUUGAACCUGAGGAGGAAGGUGCUGCUGCUGUGGAAGCCAAUCUCACCGCUGCAAACAAAACAAAGGGAGCAGAACAGCGAGGGGAUGACAGCGACUCGGUCACACAGCCUCUGCUUCAACACCAGGACAGCCGUGACGAGGGUCGCCGAGCAGACGUGCAAACGGCGACAGAUGGGGCCGACCGAGCGACAUCUGUUCCACAAGAGCUGGAAGUGGCUGGCAGGGAUCAGGCCGGCUGCAGUGGAAGUGUCAGGAGUUUGUGCAGCGACAACAGUCGCCACGAAUGCCCCAUCUGCAGCGAGCUGUUCGACUCGCACGGCGAUCACCGCCUCACCUUGCUCAACUGCGACCAUGCCUUGUGCCACCAAUGCACCACCAGCAUCAUGAGCCGGGCCAAAGACGCCAGCCGGCUCCGGUGCCCCUUCUGUCGGCAGAACACCCCGUUUCCUCAGUGGGAGAUCCGGCGGCUGCAGGAGGAGUCGUACUCCGACGGCGUCUACCAGCCAGCGGAGGACCUCGUCGUCGGUCCAGGCCCGGAACUUCCGGCCGUUCCAGUGUCGCCGUUGUGCUGCUUGACUCUGGAGAGGCAGCUGGAGGCUCAGACUGACAGAAACAUUUGUGGCUGCUGCAUGUAUCCGUCCUGCCUGGUCAGAGGCCUCAGAGUAGUUCGACUGCACUCGCUGUGUUUCUCCUUAUCGCUCAUCCUGCUGCUCUUCCUGGUGCUGCUCAGCUACUUUCUCUACAUGAUUGUUCCUAUGAUAAUGCUGUCGAUAUUCUUUAAUAAGGGCUAAGCUCGGUGGUGGAAAGUACAUUUACUCAAGUACCUGCACAUACGUGUACUGAAUAUUUCCAUUUUAUGCUGCUUCCCACAUUUAUUUAGUUAAGAUUUGACACAAUGGAUAAUUUAACACACUUUUAUAAGAACAACACAUAGCUUACAGCUGGUUGCUCCACUGAAUACUGAUUUUUCUCCAUAACUUUUCUCUAUAACUUGAUUUAAUUUCAAUUAAUGUUUUAAUGAUCCAAUGAAAAGUACAUUUACUUAAUUCCUGCACAUUUGAUAUUUGAGAUACUUGUAUUUUCAAUGAGUAUUUGCAAUUUUAUUCUGCUUUUUGCUGCUAGUCCCACAUUUAUUUAGUUACUUUCAAUGAGCAAAUAUGACAUAAUGGAUAAUAGAACAAGAUUUUAUAAUACAGUACAUAGUUAAAGAUUAAACCAGUUUCCGACCUUUUUUGGCUUCUUACCAAAAGCAUAGUGACGUCAGCUUCACAUUUGUUGUUAACAGCUGCACCAAAUGCUUAUUUUUCUCCAUAUCUUUUCUCUGUAACUUGGUUUCACUUCAAUAAAUCUUAAAAUGAUCUCAUAUAUCAGCAAAAAUCAAAGAUUAGAGGAGAAACUGACGAUAGAUUUGUGUUUCAGAACUUUGUUUUUGCCUUUUUUGCCUGAUAAUGCUCAGAUUUAUCUGCUGUUCCUGCAUCUAAAACUGAAUAUAAACUAGCUCCACGUGUAGGAACUGCAACCAUAACGUUCAAUAAUAAUAAUCUAAUGAUGCCUUAUAGCAUAAUAUACUGUAUAUAAUAAUAUAUCAGUCUGAGGAACCAAAGCAGAGAAGAACUUUUAUUUUAAUACUUUAACUACGUUUUGCUGCUAAUGCUUAUGUUUUCUUGACUGAAGCAGCAGUUUUCUUGCAGGUUUGUAACUUUUAAUUGAAUAUUUUUACAUUUUUGUAUAAGUAUUUUUACUUAAGUGAAGGAUCUGAAUACUUCUUCCACUUCUGCCUAAGCUUAUCACAUGAGUGAGCUGUUUAUGGCUCUGAAUUAACUGUUCUUCGUAUGUUCUAAUGUCAGAUUUGAAAUGGUCAUCUGCAUUUUGGCACAUUCAAACAGAGUUCGGGCUUCAGUUGUUUAAUUAACCUCGUUUAUUAUCUUCAAUUCAGAUCACAUGGUCAGUCCAAACUCACCUUUGGACUCAUCUAGCAGUCCUUUACUGUAAAUAUUACCAUUGGAAAAACUCCAACUUAGAGUUAGCAAAAGGAAAACUGGCUCCAGAAUGCUGAUUUGGAGGAGCACAUGAGGAAUUAGGUUUCAAUACUGUAAAAGUUAAUUGUAAAAUCUCAAAUUAAAGGGAUCCAAGUGUGUUAUUUGUCUGUCAACCUCUGACUCUGGUUUUCUUUGAGGACUGAUGCAGCUUUGUAGGAUUUGGUGCUCCGGAUAAUGGAGGUUUGACUUUGGAUCAAAACUCCUCAUAUCUUUCUGGGUCUCUUAAUGACCUACUUCUCAUCAGAGAUGCUCUGAGCUGCUCCUGCUGCAUAUUCUUAGCAACAAAAACCCAGCUUGAUCUGCUUUCAUAGAGCACAUGAAGGAAACUUGGCCCUACAAUCUGAGCCUUUAUAUCCAAAGUCUACACUCAAAGAGGAGAAGACAGCAGUGAUGAAAGCUGGAACUAAGACUCCUAUGGACUUGUUUCUUUCUUUCUUUUUUUUGUUCUGUUGGUGACGUACUUCUACUCUCUUAACUUUGUUAUGAUAUGCAUCCUUUUGAAGGAGAACAGUGGAGAAAAACACCACCUUUGUAGCAACCUGCUUACUUUGCAGUUUUAUUUUUCAGCCAUGAUUUCUACCAUUUCUCUAAAAAUGACCGGACAAGUGUUCUAUAUUUUGUUGACCUCUGCACUUAUUGUACACCAAAACAGUAUCCCAAAUAUUUCCUACAAUGUUCAAACCAAUGCCUUAAACAUGCAUUCUUUUAUUGGCCAGUAGGGGCCAGUAAGAUCUGACUGUGUAGAAGUCUGUGAGGAAAUGAACCUACUUCUCACCUGAUCUGUUACCUUAAUAAACAUUUUCUUAAUGAAUUUAUGGUCUUAAUCACUAGUUUAAUGUCUUCUUUAAUGCUUUAUGAUGUUCAGUUUGUAAAUUUUGGUCCCAUUUACAGUAAAAUAGAUGACAAAUCA